GACCACGUGUAGAAUUUCCACAGAGAAACAUACUUUUUUUAAAAAAAGCACAAAUUCCAGUGUGCUAUCUGCCUUGGUUGCAAGUAAUAAUCCUUCUUAUGAUGGCCUAAACUUUCUUAGCUUGAUCUCCUCUGAUAGGCUUAUCUGCAACCAUGAAUUUCUUCCUUCAGCCCUAUUUUCUGACUUCUUGGGACACGGGGAACCCUAAGCAUAGGGAAGGUUGGGGUUUGUCAAGAAAACAUGAGGCUAAACUUGUACUAUGUACUAUGUGACACCCUCCCCCAGAACCCAAUGUCUGCAUUGUUGUGAUACCAGAGCUACUUGACUUGCAUUUUACUAUAUCCUUAAAUGACCUAUUUCCACCUCCGCCACCCCCUCCCUCGGUUUUUAUCCUCUGGCUUCUAGGAGGGUUUAUAUCCUGUUCAUAAGAUACGCAUUCAAUUUUUAAAACGAAAAUCCACUGCUCAAGAUUUCUACGUUUUCUAGACAUUUCCCAAUUUUCUCAGGUUUUCCACUCGGGGUGGCAAUAAAAGAAGUCCCUGUAUUGCAUCUUGAAGGAUGUUAUUGUGUAGCUGAUACAGAAGCUCUGCGAGCUUAUUCGCGGCCUGUCUCUUUAAGAGGCGGGAAUUUCACCCCGGCCGGCGGGGAGAGGGCGUUCCGGAAGCCUUUGGAAUUGGAACGCUGUCGUUUGUUUUCGUUCCAUUUGCCCUCCCGCCGGAUUCGAUGAAACGCCCGUCCCAUUGAAGGUGAUACCUGGGCGUUCUACAGACGGUCUCCCCAAUCCAACCGGGCAAAAUUCACGGUAGCAAUCGUAGAUGAAAAUUUGCAGGGCCGAUGAAUCGUUUUCUCUCUCUCUCUCUCUCUCGAAAGAAGCCGGAGAUGAAAGCAACGUCGCUUUGCAAAUUACUGUAAAGCGAAAAGGAAACGACAAUUUAAAAAAAAAACCCAACCUAAGUGAGCAGUCGGAGGCAGGCGAAUUCACGUUAGCCACAGCUGGCUAGGAUUUCCGCUGCGUGCCCCGUAAUUACCAAAACACGGAGGAGAUUGCAUCUCAAAACAUGCCGCCUUGCUCUGCUUGGGUGAUUCAAGGAUGCACGAGAGUGGAGGGCUGAUGCCUCUUCUUGCAAACGUCGUAAUAGGCUCUCCGAGGGGUCCUCCCGUAUUACACGGCCUCCCUCUUGGAAAGCUGAGCACUUCCACCUUUACCUUCUCAGAUGGUUUCCUCAAGUCCACGAGAUGAAUCCUUCUUCUUUUUCAGAGCCUUAAUAUCUCCACUUCAGGAAGGAUGAGUAUUUUCUGUUACUGCACUGCCCGGAACUUCUUUACCAGUGUCAGAAUCCUCACUGGGAAGAAAACCCUGUGCUUUAUAAGAAAAUGGAGGAAGACACACGCGACUCAUGUUAACAUUCAGAAUUGGUCUGAAUGCCAAGCAGUGGCCAAGAUCCUAUUUGUAUGUUGGGGGAUUGAAAGAUUGUCACAGGAGGCAAAAUGUGAAGGUGUAGCUAGUAAAAUUGUCCAAACCAAUAUUGAUAGUUUUCUUAGUCAAGCCAGGCUUUCUUCAGUGGCUUUUCUUCAGAGUCUUGGAUUUGCCUUCUCUGCAGUUAUCCGAGGUUUCAUCUUGUUUUUGAAGUUUAGCCCUUUGAUCUGGUUUUAUCCUUUUACCUAUUUUUCUCCGAGCUUUGCCUCACUCUGGUUCCAUGUGCUUCUUAAGAUUACAGAAUCCUGUGGUCCCACAUUCAUAAAAUUGGGACAGUGGGCAAGCACCAGACGGGACCUCUUUUCGGAAGAGUUUUGUGUGAAGUUCUCCAAGCUUCAUAUCAAAGUGAUUCCUCACUCUUGGGAUUACACCAAACACUCUUUGGAGAAAGCCUUUGGAGAAGUCUGGGAGAAGAUAUUCAUGUUUGAAAGCAGAGAACCUAUUGGAUCUGGUUGUGUGGCUCAAGUAUACAAAGCUUAUGUAGAUAAUUCCAUAUUAAGAGACCCAGUGCUGAGUGAACGUGCAAAGACUUCUGUGUUUGAUGCUGCUUUGGAGGUGUGGAAGACCUCAGGUCUUAAAGAACUUUUAAGAUGGUUCUGGUGGAGGAAGCACAAAGAUGUUUUGGAAGGUGACCAUCAACCUCUUCACAAAUAUGAUUUCUAUGAAAGCGUUGUACAGAAUUCCAGUUCUGGAAGUCUAAGCCCACCCUUAUUUUGCAAGGAAAACCAUAUUUUCCCAGUAGCCAUUAAGGUGCUGCAUCCUGGAUUAGUUCAGCAGGUCCAGAUGGAUUUAUUUCUCAUGAAAAUUGGCAGUCGAUUUCUUGAGCUUUUCCCUGGAAUUAGGUGGCUCAGUGUGACUGAGAUUGUGGAAGAAUUUGAGAAACUCAUGAUUCAGCAGAUUGACUUGCGCUAUGAAGCAAAAAACCUAGAACACUUCCAUCUGAAUUUCCAAGGUACAGAUUAUGUGAGGUUUCCCCUUCCUAUUCACCCAUUUGUGACAAAAAAUAUCCUGGUGGAAACUUUUGAGGAGAGCAAACCCAUAUCCCAGUAUUUGCACAUAGAUACCAAAAUGGAACUACGGCAAAAAAUAGCCAAGAUGGGAAUGGAUAUGCUUCUAAAGAUGGUGUUUGUUGAUAACUUUGUCCAUGCUGAUCUGCAUCCUGGGAAUAUCCUGGUACAGGGAGCAGAACAGUUUGGUGAUCAUCCUGAAGAUGGGGCAGUCAUAGUGGAUCUGUUGGAUACAUUAAUUGUAGAAUUACAACCCUCUUCCUCACCACUCCGUCUAGUGCUUCUGGAUGCAGGGAUUGUAGCUGAGUUGCAGAGCGGAGAUCUGGAGAACUUCCGAGCAGUGUUCACUGCUGUUGUAUUAGGGCAGUUUCAAGUUGCAAGCUUAUUAUCCAGUGUUUUCAGGUUACUUAUGAUCCAUCAGGUAAAAUUGGAAAGCAACUUUGCCUGUGUUGUUUUUGCCAUAAUGGUUUUGGAAGGUCUCAGUCGCUCCCUAGACCCUGAUCUGGAUGUUCUGAAGGCAGCUAAACCUCUUCUCAUCAGUCCACCAAAUUAGGAAGAACCCUUCCCUUAGUGAGAAGCUUGUUGUCAGAGUUUACAUUUGAAAACUGAGAACCUCUUCAGAUGCUAUGCACUUUGACCUUUGAAUUUGGAAAUUAAGGUCUAAUGCUUUAAGGAGUACUCAUCUGCUUCAGUUAGAAUGAAUAGGACUAUUCUCAUAAGAAAGAACCGCAAGAGUUUGAUUCAGAAUGCUGAUAUUAAAUGCAUCUCUAGAUACAUUCUAGUCUUUCUGCCAACACAUAAUUUGUUCUGUUUCCUGGUAUACAAAAAAAAUCCCUUACACCAAACCCAUUUACAGCUUCAGUACUUGUCGAGCUCCCAUGUCAAGACAAUGGAAAUGGACAAUGGGAAACAAAGAUGGCAUCUCUCUGUCUCUGUCUGUCUGUCUGUCUGUCUCUCUCUCUCUCUCAGAUUUCUAUCAGCAUACAGCUUUCUUAGCUGUAGAGAGACUGCUCUGGAAAGCAUCAAGGAUUUAACAUGGUUAAAAUGAUUAUUGUAAUUUCCAGUGAAUUAAUAUGCAGUCAUUUAUGUUCCAAAAUAUUAUUAACCACAUUUCUUUUUACUAAUAUAGACAUAUUUUAGAAGAAUUUAUUUCUAACUACUGAUGUUGGGAAAGUUGGAUGAAUUAAUAAAAAGCUUUUGGCAAGAAAUGGUUUUUCAGUCUGCUUCUGUACUGGUUUUGUGUAAGUGAAAGAAACAGAUUUUCUAAAUUUUUCCUUUUGAAAUUUUGCUUGUUCAAAUCAAAAGCAUGACAUUACAAACAAGUCCCAGACA